UCUUACACAGCAGCAGCAGAAGCAGGUCUCAUACGUACAUAAUAGUUGGGUCCUCUUCCUCUGUUCCUCUUCUCAUCUUCUUCUUGUUUUGUCGAUGGCUCUUUCUUUCCUUCUCUCCUUGCUUGCCUUUCACUUCGCUGUUUCUCCAGCCAUCUCAACCAAUUCCGAAGGAAAUGCUCUUCAUGCCUUAAGAAGCAGGCUCUCGGAUCCCACAAAUGUUCUGCAAAGCUGGGACCCGUCUCUGGUCAAUCCAUGCACCUGGUUUCAUGUCACCUGCGACUCUAACAAUCAUGUUAUCCGACUGGAUCUGGGUAAUUGUAAUAUUUCUGGUACUUUGGGGCCAGAGCUCGGCGAUCUCAAGUAUCUCCAGUACCUGGAGCUCUAUAGGAACAACAUCCAAGGGAAAAUUCCAAAGGAAUUAGGUAAACUGAAGAACCUUGUUAGCAUGGAUUUAUAUGACAACAAAUUGGAAGGAAAGAUCCCAAAGUCUUUCUCCCAGUUGAAGUCACUUAAGUUCCUACGUCUGAACAACAACAAGCUGACAGGACCCAUCCCCAGAGAACUCACAGCCCUUUCAAACCUCAAAAUCUUUGAUGUUUCAAACAACAAUCUCUGCGGAACAAUUCCAACCGACGGGCCGUUUGCGACCUUCCCCAUCCAAAGCUUUGAGAACAACAGCAGACUUAAUGGACCAGAGCUGCAAGGAUUGGCAUCUUAUGAUUUUGGGUGUUGAAGAUCAGUAGUCAGACGAUACUCUGCUGCAUGCUUUGCAGGUUACUACGCUUAAGGUUGUUGAAUGAGACAGACCUAAUGCCUUAUAACACUAUAAUUGAAACAAUAUAUGUAUUUGGGGGGAUUUCAAAACUAACAAAAUAAGAGAAUAAUUGGCAUCAACUGAUCAA